AUUAAAUAUUAAUUUUCUUCAAUUAAUGGCACAAAUUCAUUCAUUUUAUAUUACAAAUAUAACAUCUAAAUUAAAAUUUUUCAAAGAAAAUUUUAAUGAAAAUGAAUUAAAAAAAACUAUUAAUAAAAUAACAGAAACUUUUAUUGAAAAUGAUGAUUUUUUUAAUGAAGAAG